UUCUGCCGAUUCCCUUUUUAUUAGAAGUUUUUUGUGAUAUUUUAUGAAUUGCUUUACGAAUAAAAUCCUUCCCAUUACCUAAAAAAGUGGUAGUUAAAGUGGAUAAUACUCUUUUUGUAUCUUGUUGUGUUCAUUGUGUACAAGCUACAAAGUAAUAUAUCUUUUAUAACCUAAAAGGAUGGCAGCAGCAUAUGGUAUUCACCUUGGUAACAGCUCCGGAUGUUUAGCAGUUUAUGCAAACGGAGCAGCAUCGAUAUUAGCCAACGAUGCUGGAGAUAGAGUGACUCCCGCAGUUGUCGCGUUAAACGGCACAGAAUGGGAAAUCGGACUGCCCGCAAAGUCAGGCCAACCUUCCGCCAAAUCGAUCAUAAAACAUAAUAAACGUUUGAUGAACUGUAAAUUUACAGAAGAAGACUUGUCGUACGUGGAAUCGUCAUCGUCCUGCCGAAUUCAAAAUGAGGAAAAACUAGUAUACGAGUUUGAGACAAGUGAAACAAAACAAUACUCCAAUCCAGAUGCCAUCGCUACCAAAAUUUACGCUAAGUUGUUUACAAUCGCGAGUCACUCGCAAAGUGAAGGUGAUCUUAAACUAGUAUUAGCUGCUCCAUUACAUUGGUCCGUCUCCAGCAGGGACAGGCUAGUCAAAUGUGCCGAGUUAGCGGGAUUUGAUGUGCUUCAAAUCAUAAGUGAACCUGCUGCUGCCAUUUUAGCUUACAAUAUUGAAGAUACACAAGAGGAUGUGAAUGUACUCGUGUACAGACUCGGUGGCUCAACCUGCGAUGCCUCCAUUGUACAAGUAUCGGAAGGAUUCAUGUCUGUCCAGAAAAAUGUUUUCCGAACAGACUUGGGUGGGCAAUGCCUCACCAAGGACUUAGCUGAUUACAUAGCCCAGGAGUUUAAACAGAAAUGGAAGUUGGAUCCUCAUGAGAGCCGCCGAGCUAUGUCUAAGCUCUUACAUCAUGCCGAUAACUGCAAACAUGUUUUGUCAACUUUGAACUCGGCUCAUGUCUUCAUUGAAUCACUACUCGAUGGUGUCGACUGGAGCCAAAACAUAUCAAGAGCGAGAUUUGAAAAUAUAAUAUCGUCCAAAAUAUCAUCCUACUUGGAGCCGGUUAAGAAUGUGAUUGAGAGUUUUGAUGGCAAAAUCACUAAGAUUGUUUUAUGUGGUGGUAGCAUGAAGAUACCUAAGCUACAGUCUGCAGUGGCCAGUUUGUUGCCAGAGGCUGAAGUCAUGUCCGGAAUAAACCCGGACGAGGUGAUAGCUGCAGGGUGUGCAAAGCAGGCGGGAAUGAUACUGGAGCUUCCUGAACUGAACCUAUGUGAUAUGAAUACUGAUGUAGAAUUUUUGGGCAGUGACAUUUACAUGAAAUACUUGGACCAAACUGUCCAACUAUUUAAGGAGGGUGCAGCACCAUACACUCAAACUAUUCAAAAUAUUGACGCUAAUGAAGAUGUUAAAGAUAUUAGCUUUACUCUACAUGAGGAUCCGAAUAGUGAGCAAUUUGCAAAAGAAACCUUCAAUGUGGAAAGCCUAAAUAAGCCAUUUAAAUUAAAAGCUACAUUACAAGACGCUAAUAUUUUGUUACAAGUUGAAUAAAAAAUAUUUAAGUAUAAAU